UGCAUCUCCCUACUCAUCUUUGGUGUUCGCUUCAUAUUGGGUAUAGCUCAAUGGAACCGACUUAAGUUUGUAGGUAUAAUCAAAAGUUGAAAACGUUGAAAAGUUAAAGUUGUCCGGCUAACUUCACAUACGUACACAACCCGUAGGGCCCAGUCACAUUAGUCAAACUUGCAUUUGAACGCACCUCUCAACUAAUAACAGAACGUGCAUUCCUCUGGACAUGUUAUACCAUUGGUCGACAGUCUGCGGUGGAAACGCGCGUUUGACAAGUGGGACUGUGUGGUCGGAGGACUAGGCCCUUAGCAAAUCGCAGGUAGCAAUACUUGACUCUGCUCCAUUCGGUAUCCUGAACAAGUUUACAUUGUGAUAACCUGAAAUAUAUUUACAGUAAUUUCUUUCAUAUAUUCUAUAAGUGCUUUUUUAAAACUUGACAAAAAAUAAUCCAAAAUCGAUAUCAUGAUUGGGAAAAAUGAUAUCGAAGAUAAUAAUUUUAUGGAUAUACCUAUUAAUAAAGAAGACUUACCCUAUGAAGAAGAAAUUUUAAGAAAUCCAUAUUCUGUUAAACAUUGGCAACGUUAUAUAGAUCAUCUGAAGAGUACCAAAAGUAGUAACUUAAAUGUUGUCUAUGAGCGUGCUCUGAAGGAGUUACCUGGGAGCUAUAAAAUAUGGUAUAAUUAUCUUCGGCAACGUGUAAGUCAGUUGAAAGGCCGCUGUAUAACAGAUCCUCUGUACGAAGAUGUGAACAAUGCAUUUGAAAGAGCAUUGGUUUUCAUGCACAAGAUGCCCCGAAUAUGGAUGGAUUACUGCACAUCUAUGACAGAACAGUGCUAUAUCACACGUUCUCGUCAGGUGUUUGAUCGUGCUUUAAGAGCACUCCCAAUAACACAGCACCACCGUAUUUGGCCUCUUUAUAUUGAUUUUCUAAAGAAACAUAAUGUUUAUGAAACUGCUGUACGAGUUUUUAGACGAUAUCUAAAGCUAGCACCUGAAGACACAGAGGAAUAUAUAGAGUAUUUGAUCUCAGUUGGGAGACUUGAUGAAGCAGCUGUCAAGCUAGCACAGAUUGUUAAUCAAGAUGAUUUUGUCUCAAAACAUGGAAAAUCUAAUCACCAGCUUUGGAAUGAACUAUGUGAUUUAAUAUCCAAAAAUCCUUCAAAAAUUAAAUCCCUCAACGUAGAUGCUAUUAUCCGAGGAGGUCUGAGACGUUAUACUGAUCAAUUAGGACCUCUCUGGAAUUCUCUCGCUGAUUACUACGUUCGUAGCGGUCUCUUUGAACGGGCUAGAGAUAUUUAUGAAGAAGCCAUUCAAACGGUAACCACUGUUCGUGACUUUACUCAAGUCUUUGAUGCCUAUGCACAAUUUGAGGAACUGAGUCUUAGUAAACGUAUGGAAGAAGCUGCAAAUAAUCCUAAUCCAACGGAAGAAGAUGAUAUAGAAUUAGAGUUGCGACUAGCAAGAUUCGAACACCUUAUGGAACGGAGAUUACUAUUGCUGAAUUCCGUUUUACUGCGACAGAAUCCGCACAAUGUACAAGAAUGGCAUAAGAGAGUUAUGCUUUAUGAAGGUCAACCGCACGAGAUAAUUAACACCUACACGGAAGCUGUGCAAACAGUUCAACCUCAACUGGCUGUUGGAAAAUUGCACACGUUAUGGGUUGCAUUUGCGAAAUUCUACGAAGAAAAUGGGCAGAUUCCAGACGCUAGAGUUGUGCUCGAAAAGGCAACGCACGUUCCUUAUACAAAAGUGGAUGAUUUAGCUUCAGUUUGGUGUGAAUGGGCUGAAAUGGAAAUAAGACAUGGCAAUUGCAAAGAAGCGCUCAAACUUAUGCAUCGUGCAACAGCAAUGCCCUCGCGUAAAGUUGCUUAUCAUGAUGAAACAGAAACUGUUCAGAUGCGGUUGUAUAAAUCUUUAAAAGUUUGGUCCAUGUAUGCUGAUCUUGAGGAGAGUUUUGGCACAUUCAAGACAUGUAAAGCUGUGUACGACAAAAUAAUAGACUUGAAAAUAGCCACACCCCAAAUCAUUAUUAAUUAUGGUCUAUUUUUGGAAGAGAAUAAUUACUUUGAGGAAGCCUUUAGGGCAUAUGAGAAAGGAAUUGCUCUAUUUAAGUGGCCCAAUGUUUACGAUAUAUGGAACACGUACCUGACAAAAUUCUUAAAGAGAUAUGGUGGAACAAAAGUCGAAAGAACGCGUGACUUGUUCGAGCAGUGUCUAGAAUACUGCCCUCCCAAAUAUGCUAAGGCACUAUAUCUGCUUUAUGCAAAAUUGGAGGAGGACCAUGGUUUAGCAAGACAUGCAAUGUCAGUUUACGAGCGUGCCACCAGUGCUGUUUUACCAGAACAAAGAUUCGAGAUGUUUAAUAUAUACAUUAAAAAGGCUGCGGAUAUAUAUGGCGUACCGAAGACUCGACAGAUCUAUGAAAAGGCAAUUGAAGUUCUUAAUGAAGAAAAUACGAGGGAAAUGUGUCUACGUUUUGCUGAAAUGGAAACAAAGUUAGGCGAAGUUGACAGAGCGCGCGCAAUCUACGCUCACUGCAGUCAAAUUUGCGACCCAAGAGUCACUUCAAACUUCUGGCAAGUAUGGAAAGAAUUUGAGAUUCGUCAUGGGAAUGAGGAUACAAUGCGUGAGAUGCUUAGGAUUAAACGUAGCGUUCAAGCUAUGUAUAAUACUCAAGUAAAUAUGAUGUCAGCACAGAUGUUAAAUACUGCUUCAAAUCCACCUAGUGAACAGCAGACAGACGCUAUGCGUCUCUUAGAUAGCAAAGCAUCUUCUGGAGCAGAUGCUGCCACACCUGUUACGAGCAAGGAAGGUAUUCAGUUCGUCCGAGGAGUUACAGUUGGAGGGGAAAAGUCUGAGGCUCGUGUCGUUAAUCCAGACGUUAUUGACUUUGAUGCUGGUGAUCUGGACAUGGAUACUGACGGAGAAAAUGAAAAUGACGAAGCUGAAGUGGACGAAGAUAUACCAGUCGAAAAGCAAGCAAUUCCAUCUAAGGUUUUCGGUAGCUUGAAGACUAAGGAAGAUGAAGGAAUUGAUAACUGAUUCACAGGAUAGUUUCACAGCGCAAGAUCGGUGUUAAUAAUAUACAAUUUUUAAUAAUGAAA